UCUUGCAGCGGCCAUGGCGGACUCCUCCUCCUCCUCCUCCAUCGACAAAGGAGGCGCCUUUCCUCACGUUCUACGUAUUUACUUCAUCCCCUUCCCCUCCCCGGGCCACAUCAUCCCCAUGGUCGACAUCGCCAAGCUCUUUGCCGAGCGCGGCGCCGACGCCACCGUCGUCCUCACCCCCCUCAACGUCACCCGCUUCAGCGGUACCGUCACCCGAGCCGCCGCUGCUGGCAACCGCAUCUACCUUUAUGUCCUCCCAUUCCCAUCCACCGCCGGCCUCCCCGACGGCUGCGAGAGCACCGACGCCCUCCCCUCCCGCUCCCUCUCCGGCCCCUUCGCCCGCGCCCUCGACCUCCUUCGAGACUCCUUUGACAGCGUCAUCCGCGACCACCGCCCAGACGCCAUUGUCUCCGACGUCUUCCUCCCCUGGACCUCCGCCGCCGCCGCCGAGCUCGGCGUCCCCCGGUACGCGUUUACCGGGACCGGCUGCUUCGCUCUCUCGGUGGAGCGGAGCCUCCAGGUGAACCGGCCCCAGGGCUGGGCUUCCUCCGACUCGGAUCCGCGCCUCGUCCCAGGUCUCCCGGACCGGGUUUAUCUCACCCGGUCCAGGCUGGCCGAGGCGACCCUCCCCGGUUCGACGGCCCACGAGAUCCUGGACCGGCUCCGGGAGGCGGAUCGAAGCACCGCCGCAUGGGUGGUGAACACCUUCCCGGAGCUCGAGCCAGGGUAUUUGGAGCACUACGAGAGGGUGACGGGGAAGCGUGUCUUCGCCGUGGGCCCCGUUUCUCUAUGCAAUCGGGCGGCGGCGGAUGCGUCGGAGCGGGGGCGGGGGGCGGCCGCAGCGGGGGAGGCGGCGCGGAUCUUGACGUGGCUGGACUCGAAGCAGGCCGGAUCGGUGAUCUACGUGUGCUUCGGGAGCCUGAGCCGGUUCCCGGCGGCCCAGAUGAAGGAGAUUGGGAUGGGGCUGGAGGAGUCCAGGGUUCCGUUCCUGUGGGUGUUCGGAGAGACGGCGGCGACGGCGGAGGAGACGGCGGAGCUGGACGAGUGGAUGGAAGGGAUGGAGGGGAGGGUGGGGGAGAGGGGAAUGGUAGUGAGGGGGUGGGCCCCGCAGUUGGCGGCGCUGGGGCACGAAGCGGUGGGGGGAUUCAUGACGCACUGCGGGUGGGCGGUGGCAGAAGCGGCCGCGGCGGGUGUACCAGCGCUGACGUGGCCACUGUUCGCGGACCAGUUCUACAACGAGGCGCUGGUGGUGGGGGUGGUGGGGACGGGGGUGGCGGUUGGGGCCGCGGAGGGGUUCGUGUGGGGGGAGGAGGAGAAGGCCGGGGUGGUGGUAGGAAAAGCGCGGAUCGCCGCAAGGGUGGCGUGGCUGAUGGGCCGCGCUGCAAGCGGCGGAAGCGGCCGAGAAGAGGCGGAGGGAAUCCGGCGGCGGGCGAGGGAGAUGGGGGAAAUGGCGCGGCGCGCGGUGGCGCCAGGCGGGUCGUCGUACCUCGCCGUCGGGCGCAUGAUGGAAGAUAUCGGGCCGCGGAACGGCCAGAGCGCGGCGGCGGGGAGCCGCGACGGAGAUCUUGGGAAUUAGUUGCGUCACGAUCCCGCUGACAUCGAACUUGCGGAAAUCGUUUCCAGUAGCCUGGCGGCUCAACUUAACGAAGUUGAACAUUCAUGGUGACCCUUCAUUAAUGGUGGCUAAAAGAAAAAAUAAAAGGAAAUGACAAAGAAAAAUAAAGAAAAAAAAAGGGUAACUUGCUUGCGUAUACCUAACCUUAAUUACAAUAUCAAUGAAUUAUAAAUGAUAAGGAAUAAAAUAAAUAAACAUAGCAUGCAAAUUGGAGACGAC